AUGGAGGAGUAUCCGGUGAACCUGCGCGUGGAGAUGGCGCCCAACGGAAGUACGGUGCUUCUGCCAGGCAGUGUCACCAUCACGCACACCACCGUCUCUGUCUUCAAGCUAUGCGAGCUAAACGAUGAGGAGCCGCUUUUUAUUGGCAUUUGCUCCAUCCCACUUAUGAAGGUUGCCCGGGUGCCGAGUGUCUUGUUCGCCGGUUCCGAGGCAGUUGUGCUGACAAGCGUCUCAGACCAUCUCUUCAUCAACGCCUCACUUUCCGCCGGCCUUGCCACACAGAAGGAGGGCAGCGCCACCAGCAGACGGACGGCGUCCACAGGUCUCUUUCCAGGGACGCCAAAGGAGGAACCCGCCGCCGCCGCCGAGCUCCAGCGACUGGACAACCCAGCGCAGUGGAAACAUUUGCGUCUCGAGUUUCCCAGUAGAGAGGCAUACAGCCGCUGCAUCAAUGCGCUCAUCGCACGCGGUGCAGAGAACAUUACGGAGGAUUAUGCUUCCUCCCAUCACUCUCACGAUGCAUUCCUGGUGCCGGAGAACGUCUCGCCAAAGGCCCGUUCGCUCCACGCAAGUGAGUCUGCCUCAAGCAUCAAAAGCAAGAACCAAAAGCCCUACCCCACGAACGAAUUUGCGGCGACAACGGGGGACAUAAGUGAAAUGCAAAGCUGCCUAAGCCCCCCAGUGGGGUCGAUGGAUCCGCGAGAGAGUUCGUUUAUGCUCCGGACCUCCAAAGGGCACUUGAGCCGAACGAAUGACAGUCUCCGAGAAUUUGGAACACCACGAAGCGAGGUACGCUCUUCACGUGGGAGCAAAGGGAAUCACAGUUUGCCUUCCAGGAACCAACCAAGAAACAGCCAACGUGAAAUGUUGACUCCACAUGAAUCUUGUGAUAGUUCAAAGGUUCUGCAGAGCUCGCACAAUGAACGGGGACUUCCUGUGCGCAGUAAUCCUACAAACAGCCGUCGGGAGCUUGGGACGCCGAGUGAAUUGCGAUCCCUGCGUAGCUCUGCAAAGGAGAGUCUGCGAGAGUACUCGCGUGGGAGUGGCUUGCCGCAACACGCAUUGAAAGGCAGCAGUGUUCAUGAACCAGCACCACGCUCGGCUAACUCCCCACACAAUAGGGGCGAUGCUGGACUUGCACGGCAGCCAAAUGCAGUUGGACAGCCGCCCUCGUUUGGGAGAACAACGACCCUUAACAAUUUGGAUUCGCCUCGUUCCAGCAAACCGGCGCAACUGGUAAGCCAACCAUACGACUCUGUCGGGCAGUCACCGUUCCAGUCUCCGAGUGAGACGACCAUGACACAGAGAUUGUCUAGAAACCGCACACAAUAUCAGAUGUUUACCCGCAGUGUGAUGAAGUUGAUGCACCAUCGCCUGCAUUUUAUGCAGUAUCUGCACAAGGAGUUGGUGCACGAGGCCUAUCUUGUGGAGGAGGCGAAGCUUCUUGGCGGUAGUGGUCAUCGCUCGUACAGUGCCUCUGUAAACCGCUCUGUGAGCCGACCUACAAGUGUCUCACCGCGUUCUCCCCGCCGCACGGUGUACUCGAGUGUUGCAGAAGAGUCCGCGCGCCUUCGUGAGAUUGAAGCACGUUUGCGUUCUGUAGAAAGACUACAACGCGAUGCUGAAAAGGACCGGAAGGAGGCGCUGCGUCUACGACAGGAGGCGGAAAAGAUGGAAUCGGUUCUACGCGAUUCGGGGGGUGUGCAGUCGCCAAACCAUACCACAUUCAAUGUGGGGGAUCCGGCCAAGUACGAUGCCUCAGUCCGUAGUUACAGUCCCCAUACACAAAGUAGGAACCAUCCCUUUCACAAUGACGCCACAUCCGUGCUGUCUGCAGCUCCUCAAGGCAAACCGCAUGCAAGCGAUGCAUCGCGUGUGAGUCCACAAUUUAAUCCAAUGAAAGGAAAUGGUCAAAUGGCGCUUGCGCUGCAUCCGGGUCUUUACGCAACCCAACCCACAGACGAGCAGGCCCUGGUGGAGUACUCUACGGUUGUGCUGGAUCGCUACAUUUACGGCGAUGAAUGGCAUCUGUUAUACCCGGUGCGCGAUGAAGAAGUGCGCUUCUGCGCCCUAACAGACAUCUGCCUGAUGCUUAAGCUGCCACGCCGCCUCGUGACUGUCACAACAAUUUCCAUUGACCAACCAGGGAUGCGCAUCACGGCGGAGAUUCACCACAACCGUGAUAAUAUGCCGCGUGAGGCGAUAGAGCGCCGUUUCGCUAGCCAGCCUUUUCUGUUGUUGAAGCGACUCUACGAAAUGCGCCACAACUUCCGUGUCUCCGCCAAUUCCAGCAUGUCUAACCGCGUCGGACCCCGCGGGUCAAGGGGUGGUUCUCCGACACGGAUGCCGCAGGGGUAUCGCAGUACCUCGCCAUUCUACCUGCGCCACGCGGACAACGAGAUUGAGACGAGGCGCAGCGACAGUGCCACGACGCAGGACAGCAGAAUGGACACGAAUGGUCGGAUGCGUGACUUGGAGAGAAUGCUGCAGGAUCGCAUUUACUCACACCAACAGGACCGCGGCAGCGAACGCGGGCGCAAGCAACGAGACCUGCAACGAGAGCAGCUGCAGGACCAACUGGACCAACUGGAGCGGGAUGAGGCGUCGCGGCGCAGUAGACUUGUCCUUUCCGAGGCGGAGGCGCGCCUGAACGCGAACGGUGAUGAGGGUCGGGACCAUCAGCUUCAAAACCACCCGCACACCGUGCGGCAGCGCACAUUGGAGGGGGAAGAGCAGGUGGAACGUGCAAAGGUGGAGGCUGGCUACGCACGACAAGUGCAGGCAAUGGCUUGGGCCCAGCGUCGCAAUCUGGCGCUUGUACGCAUGCUUACGCAAGAGCGUGAGCGGCGUCUGCGUAUUACGGCGCAGGAGCGUGAGGAUCGUCAGGUGCUGGAUCUCAUGAUGCACUCACAGUGGUUGAGGGCGGCGGCGUCGCAGCCAGAGGUGGAUGAGCAGCCAUCUCGACAGCGUCUCAUGGAGGCCGAGAGAAAGCAACGGCGGCACAUUUACGCCAACCUUCAUAGCUUCCUCAUUGAGGCUUUGCAGGAUGAGGUGGAGGGACUUGUUGGGGAUGAGAGGACGGUACGCAUGAUCCUGGCGGCGGAUGAAAUGCGGGAGCGGCUGGAUAUUGUUUGUGGCAGCAAGGCACCCGCGAGUGGUGGUGUGCCGAGGGCGUUGCCUGUCUCGCCAGAGGCGUGGCAGGCCCUUUUCAUGGAGGAGGUGGCCGAGCGCACGCACUUUGUGAAGGAUGAAGGGCGUCGUCGACGCCUGUUUCAGCGAGAGUAUAUCUUUACGGUGGAGGAUGUGGCGCGAAACGAGAUUGAGCUCAAGGAACUUGACGAGCAUGUGCUGAUACUAGAGGAAAUCAUGCACCGCAACCGGGCCAUGCUGGAGCGUCGCCGACAGGAGCGAAGGGACGUGGCGAACCUGAACAACGAGGAGCAGUACUACCGCAAGGGUGUCUUGAGCGAGGAGCACGACGAGUGGGAGAUACUUAUGGAAUUGUUUGACUCGGGGUUAAGUGAUCUGCUCGCUGAGGAGGCGGCCCGCCUGGCUGCCGCGGACGCGGCGCCGGAACUUGAGAGCCCGCAACGCCGCCGCCGUAUGACGGGCUCUCCGCGUCAGACGAAGCCGUUUCACUACAUGACGUUUUUACCGGAGGACAUGGACCACCCGCCGAGCGCCAACCUUGCCAUUGAAGGUAUCCUUGGCUGCAGCAUUAACAAAAACCUCGAGGUCACAAGCAUCGAGCGCCCGUUGCCGAAGGUGGAGGAGGAUGAGCUGCAGUUCCAGGCGGGUGACAUGAUUCUUGACGUCGCUGGCUACUCGCUGCACUCCUUGUCACACCUGCGGGAGGUGCUGGCAAACCGCACGAUGCAGAUCCAACACGAGGCCCGCGAGGAGUUUCCGGAUUUGCCGGAGAAGGAACUCACCGUGAACCCGGCUCUGCAGAAGUACCUUGACGUCCUCUGCGAGCACCAUAACUUUCUCGUGCAGGUGCUGCGUGGCUGCGAGAUUCUUCAAAUCAUCGUGAAGUAA